AUGGAUAUUCUGAGAAUCCUCUCCAGGGGCACGAAGCAAUCCAAUAAAACGAAGAGCGAAAAUGCAUCAACCAAGUUGCCAUCCGCAGGAACUUCAGCGAAUCCCCAGCUCUACCACGAUGUAAUUCCAGAGUCAAGAGGGAAGAAGAGGAAGCGCGGGGCAGCGAAAACAGAAGAGAAUACUGGAGGCCAGGAGGAGGAGGGAGAAGCUCUUAAUUUCUUUGCACCAAAGGCUACCGCUGUAAAAUCGAAGAAAAAUGCGCCUGUGGAAGAUGAGAAGCCGGCACUGGACUCAUCCAGCACGGUAGAACAAGUUGCGCCAAAAGGGCUGGACGAGGCGGAAUGUCGACAAAUAUUGCGGUCACAUAGACUGAAGGUCACCCUUCUGGCAACCGGCAAACCAAAUGACAAGAAGGUCAGGAAGUCGAAAAAGGUGAAGGGCGAUAAGAAGGCACAGAGCGCGAAAGAGGAACACAAACAACUGUAUCCCCAGCCAUUGACGACAUUUGGCGAACUCAAGACUACAUAUGGAAUAUCUAGGCGGAUGGCAGAGAAUUUGGCAGAUCAAGGAUACAAGAUACCAACAGAGGUUCAAAUGGGAAGUUUGCCUUUACUUCUACAACCGUCGACGGCUUUGGGGGAGUCUGCAUCUGAAUUAGGAGAUGCGAAUGUUGAUUUAUUGUCCAUUGCACCUACAGGUAGUGGAAAGACAUUAGCAUUCUUGAUACCUGUGGUGAAUGGAAUUAUACAGAGGCGAAGACAGAACGAGGACAAAGGAGAACAUCAUUUGGAAGCCAUUAUAGUGGCCCCAACAAAAGAGCUUGCCAGUCAAAUUGUCAAUGAGGCCAAGAAGCUCAGUAUUGGAACAGGAGUGAAAGUAGUUGGCAUGCGCAAGGGUAUGAGGCUGACCAGGAGUCAAGAUGAGGUGGAAAAGGAGAGCUCUGGCGAGAGUGAAGAGGACAGCGGUGACGAAGCAGAAGAACCCUGCAAAGGGUCUUCUCAACCUGUGUCAAAGGCGGAUAUUCUGGUCGCAACCCCUGGACUUCUGCUUGGAUCCAUCUCAACAGGUUCUGGGGAUCAGCAUACACCUUUACCCACUGUUCAAACUUUGGUUUUAGAUGAAGCUGAUGUUCUUCUGGAUCCGCUAUUCAGAGACCAAACGCUCGGCAUCUGGAACUCCUGCACAAACCCAGAGCUCCGAGUAACCUUAUGGUCAGCAACCAUGGGCUCAAACAUAGAGACCCUGGCAUCAUCAACCAUCACCUCCCGCCGGUCAAAACUCGAUCUUCCCACCACUUCCCCCAUCAUCCGCCUAGUACUCUCCGCCAACUCUUACACCCCACGUCCUCCGACACCACUUCUCUACGCCCCCCCUUUCCUAGUCUUCACCCAAACCAUCCCCCGCGCCACAGCCUUGCACUCCGAACUCUUAUACGACAUCCCAGCUUCAGCAGGCGGCUCCUCACGCAUAGCAGUCCUGCACUCCUCUCUCUCAGACACAGCCCGCAGCUCCAUCAUGUCCAGGUUCCGCGCUGGCGAGAUCUGGAUCCUGAUCACCACGGACAUCUUAUCUCGCGGCGUGGACUUCCGCGGCGUCAAUGGAGUCGUCAAUUACGAUGUCCCCAAUUCCGGCGCCGCGUACAUCCACCGCGUAGGACGUACUGGCAGAGCUGGACGAGGUGGUGGUGUUGCCGUGACGUUCUACACAAAGGAGGAUAUCGCUUAUGUACGCGAUGUAGCGAAUAUCAUUGCGGCGAGCGAGAAAGCUGCUGGGAAGGAGGUGGGAGAGAAGCAGUGGUUGCUUGAUGCCCUGCCUAAGCCGAGUAAGGAGGAGAAGAAGCGCUUGAAGAUGCAUGGCGUUGAAGCUAGGCGGGGUGGGCUUGAGAAGGGGAAAGGCAAUGAGGGCAAGGGAAACGGAAAUGGGAGGAUGCAGAUUAGCACUAAGAGCGGGUAUGAGCGGCGCUUGGAACAUAAUCGGAAAGGGGCAAUUCAAGGAAGUCAGAGAAGGGCUAAGGAGGCUGGGAAUGCUGUGGGCGAGGAGCAGGUCGCUGGUGAGGAGAGUGAAUGGGCUGGUAUUGAUGACUGA